AUGAUAAAGUUUGCAACGAUGAAGAGAUAUCAAGCCUGUGAUUCCACAAACCCACCAACCACCUCAUCUACACCUAUUUUUUCAGUCAAUGCAUCUGAUGUGGGGGCUGGAGUAUCAGGUUUCGCCUCAACUCAUAUCUCUCCACUAGUUUCCCCUUUUCACACUGAUGAUCCAAAUAUGAUCUAUGGGGAUACUAAAGAUGACUUACAAGGAUUCACCUUCACUCGGUUCGACAUAAGAACUGGUAGUGAUGAAGCUCUAAUAACUAAAGGGCGACUUAAAACUAUCCAUGAAAAGCUUGAUUCUUUGCUUCAGUCUGCCAAGCCUUCCUCCUUUAAUGACUACUCUCAAUCUCCUAUUGAGUCUAUGCUUGAAACCCUCACCAAAUAA